GGCAGGAAGCAGAUAGCGCUGCGUGUUGCCUACACAGUAUAAUUCCGUUCGUCGUAAAACCAGAGACUGUGCGUUAGUGAUAACAUGCAAGUUAUAUAUGUUCAUUUAUACUGGUAUUUAGGUAGGAAAGGGAAAUAUUAGUUUAUGCUUGCAGUUGUUACUGUCAUUAAUGAGUGGACACGUUACUCUGUUUUCUUUUUGUGCAAGUUUCGUUUCACUUUCAUGUGCUAGUAUUUAGCAUAAUUCUCUGCUGUUUAUACUGUGUUUAAUGUCAGUCAGGAGAGAUGCUUUUUUUGUGUAUUCAAUCUUGAGUUUGCAUAUAUUCUGAACAUGUUUGGUGAGUUAAAGUAAUAGUUUACACGAUGUUAGUCGUGGUCACAGCAUUUCUUUGCUGAUAUAGUCCAGCCAUUGAGUCAGGUCCAGAGAUUGCCACUAGAUGGCGCCUAAGGACUAGUGUAUUGGUCUUACUAUUGCAUGGACAUUUUGACAAUAGUUGACAAUAUUUGAGACUUCUCUGUUUAUUAUAUAUGCUGUCAUCCACGAACAGCAUCGAUAUUUAAAGCUAUAUUUAAAUUUGUGUUUAAGACUACACAUUGGUGACAGACUUGAUCUCACAGCUCUAUAAUCUUGAGUCUCUCUUCCACAACUAUGUAACAUCAAUGUUCAUGCCUGCUAUUAAAUCUUUGAGGCCUCAAGUGGUGUUCUGGCUGACACACUGGGUUGAACACAGUAUAAAUCUAACCAGUGCUCAUUUUCACAACUUCUAACUCUAGUCUUCAGUACAGAAAUGUUAACUGUUUAUAUUGCUUACAUAUUGUUAAUGACUAGUUCACAGCAUUAAUACUGUCAUGAGAAUUUAGUGUAUGACAACCCCUGCAAUCUCUGCAACUUUCAUGCCCCUGUCCCAGUGUAAUGGAGAUAGUGUCGGAAAAGAAACAUGGAUGGCAUGGAUAACAACCUCAGAAGUCUGACAAAACUCCUGAAUGAGGUGCCCAGUUGCCUUGUGCAUCAAUCACAGCCAAACAAUCAAGGAUCUUUUGGGUCAUCUGAAGAAACAUAUUGAGGAAGGACAUGAAGUAUGCUGUCCGAAAUGGACGACCGAGACGACAUCAAAAGUUCCAUUUCAACUGUUCUACCAGACCUCCCUGAAUCCAUUCUGAAUAUUGUGGAGGAGACACUGCAGUCUCUGGGAGUGGGGACCAUUGACGAUUUCCAAUUCGUCCAAGAGGCUGAUCUCCUGUGUGUUUUACGGCCAAUACAAGCAAGAAAACUUGUAGCUUCUUGGAAGCAAACCUCUCAGGGCCCUGGAACCCAAAGCCAGCCAGAUGUUAACUCUUCAACUUCAUCAUCCCUUCUCACCUCUUCUACCUCCUCUCGCUCCUCCCUGUCACCUUGUCCAUCACCCAGAAACCUGCUUAAUGCCGAUUGGGUUGACCACUUUGAAAUUCCUACUGAAAGAUUUCCUGAGGCUCUGAUGCAAUGUCUGGAGAGAGGCAAGAGGCCCAUCCCGAGUUUAAGACGAGAAAUGAUCAGAAUUGUUGCAGCAGAGAUGAUGAAGGCGUGUCCGUCUCCUACAAAGCAUGCUUCUACAGAAAUCGCCAAAAAGUUAGUUGGCAAGUAUCCUCAGUCAUUGAAGGAUGUCAUCGAAGGGGACGUUGUGGGGACCGGAUACCACAGCCUUGUUAAACAGCUUCAAGCCCGUAUAGACAACAAAAAGCGCCAUGCAACCCCAAGAAUACAUAAACGCAAAUCGUUGUCAAACUCUGACACAGAUGAGGUCCCAGCAGUAAUGAAAGCGUCAGUCCAGGAUACGUAUGGCUGUGUUAAGUGGGACAUGAAGUUCAUGCCAGUCACAGAAACCCUGGAAAGCCAAAAUGAAAAGAAAGGAAAAAUGAGGUUUCUUUGGGAACAAGCCACUUUCAACCCAGACGAGGUGAAGGAAUUGAUGGAAUCCACGUACUAUUCACAGCGUAAGGCAAUUAACAAUGGAACAGCUCUUCAAACACUGAGAGAAGAAUGGCCUUUUUUGUUUCACGAAAUUGGGAUUUCUGCCCACUACCAGGAGCUAACAGGACUGCCACUGACGCAGACAUUCCUGAAAAGUGUGGGAAAAAAGGGAAAACAGCUCCUAAACUUCAUGGCAACUGUUUGUGCAAACAAGACCAGGCGUGUCUUUGAGACAUUGACCAAGCUAAGGUUCCAGAGAGGGCAGUUGGAGGGCUGCUCGGAUGACGUGAAGGAUAUGCUGCUUUUGCUGCUUUCCUACUUUAAUGAAGACGAGGCAACCAUGUUCCACUACACUGAAGAAACCAACCAGGCAGCCGACGUUCAGGUGGACUGCUUGCCGGUGACGCCAUGCAUCAUUGUGUGUGGAGCCUCCUGCUACAGUGCCAAUAGAUUCAUGCUGAGCAUUGACGGCAAAAUUGUUAAUGACAACAUCGCCCAAUUCAUCGCUGCCAUCAACGUAAUGUUCGGCAGCUACUACUGCCUGAACAUCCACUAUCCAGUACAGUUGAGAUCAACGCUGGAGUUCCUUCAGAGGUGUUUCUUCAACAUCAAUCCAGAGAGGGGUACAAAGGUUGAGAUGAAAAAAACCAAGAAGCAACUGACGGUAAACCCUAGGGUCUAGCAGAUCAUGAGUGGAGAGAGACUAAUUAACAGUCUGGAUACCCACUCCAGCAAUGCAAUAGCUUCAUAGGCACACACACACACACACACACACACACCGCAACGACCCACACACUCUGCCCUGCACUUGCCCCACUUGCCCAAAACUUAUUUUGUCCUUUUUUGUUAUUCUGUUUUUUCAUACAUGUUCGGAUUUUAUUGCUGUUUAUUGCUGUUAAGUCCUGCUUGAAUAGCGAGUGUACUUACUUUUGAUUUAACAAAAAUAGAAAAACAGGUCAUUUAAGUUAUAUUAUUAACCUUACUUUUCUGUUGUAAACUCAACAGAUGUUGUAUUUAACUUACUCUAUGCACAGUUUGGAAAUAACUUGUGUGCUAAUCAAAAUAUUGUUGAAAAUGUUAUGUUUCAAAAGGGGUGUGCUCAUUAAUGUAUAUAAUGAGGGCAUUUUAUAUAAUGUAGCGAGUCUUUGUUGGCUCCUGGAUUUCGGUGAUAAUCUGACAUCCACAGUAACUAUUUGUUUUUUUUAUUUUGAGAUGUUGGGGUUGUUUGUUUAUUCUAUUUUUUCAUCCUCAAAAUUUGAUACAGGUUCGGAGAUGUUUGGAGAUUUUAUUGCUGUUGUUUUUAAGUCCUGCUUGAAUAGCUGCCUACUGUGUUAUACAGUGAACACCGAUAAUGACUGCACCCCUUUUGAAAAGUAACAUUUUGAGCAAUAUUUCAAUAAGUACACGUAAUUUCCAAAAUGUGCGUAGAGUAAGUUUAAUACAACAUCUGUUGAGCUUACAAAAGAAAAGUAAGGUUAAUAGUAUAGCAUAAGUGACAUAGUGUUCCAUUUUUGUGCAAUUAUGGUGGUGCAAAAGUGAGUGUACUUACUUUUGAUUUAACAAAAAUGGAAAAACAGGUCAUUUAAAGUUGCACUGUGUAGGAAGGUGGCCAGAGUAGGUAUCACAACUAUGCUGCUCGUUGAAACAGUGCUGUCUACUGCCAAAUUUAAUCUUUUCAUGAAUAUUUAAUAAAUAAUGAAGUAAUAUUCACUAGUAUGACCAAAGUACAGUACGUUUUGCAGCUAAACUGUCUAUUUCUGGAUAUUCAAAAUAGUGGACAAUGGAGAAUAUCCCCCUUUUCAUGUAUGAAAAGUGCAAUUCGGUGGUGGUAAGUACUCUGAAAAAGGUAACGGUAAAUGAACUACUAAAAAUAUUACACAGUGCACCUUUAAGUUAUAUUAUUAACCUUACUUUUCUGUUGUAAGCUCAACAGAUGUUGUAUUAAACUUACUCUAUGCACAUUUUGGAAAUAACAUGUGCUAAUCAAAAUAUUGUUCAAAAUUUAACUUUUCAAAAUGGGUGUGGUGUGCUCAUUAAUGUAUAUAAUUAGGGCAUUGUAUAUAAUGUUUGUUUGCUGAUUUUAGUGAUCUCCGCAGUCACUUUGUUUGUUUGGAGACAAUAAAAAAAAUGGUUUGAA